AUGCCGUGGGAUGCGUCCGUCAGCAGUGAAGGCUGUGUGUAUGUGCGGACACCGCCUGAUCUCCAAGAUCGGGGGAAACAGAAAAUGUCGCCUUCUGUGUUUAAGAAGAGAGGGAUUCUUACACACAUGCUCAUUUCUGGAAGGAUACUAUACUGUUCAUUUUUAUCUUUGAAUAAAGCCACCCAACCCUUCAGUUCUUCUCUUGGGUUUCCAUUUCUUCAGAUUACUUUCUACGAAGAGAAGAAUUUCCAAGGCCGUCACUAUGACUGUGACUGUGACUGUGCAGAUUUCCACAUAUACCUGAACCGCUGCAACUCCAUUCGAGUGGAAGGAGGCACCUGGGCUGUGUACGAAAGGCCUAACUUUGCUGGCCACGUGUACAUCUUACCUCAGGGCGAGUACCCGGAAUACCAGCGUUGGAUGGGCCUCAAUGACCGCCUGAGCUCCUGCAGAGCUAUUCACCUGCCUAGGGGAGCCCAGUAUAAGCUUCAGAUCUUUGAGAAGGGGGAUUUCAAUGGCCAGAUGCAUGAAACCACUCAAGACUGCCCUUCCAUCAUGGAGCAGUUCCACAUGCGAGAGAUCCACUCCUGUAAGGUGCUGGAGGGCAUCUGGAUUUUCUACGAGCUGCCCAAUUACCGUGGCAGGCAGUACCUCCUGGACAAGACGGAGUACCGGAAGCCCAUCGACUGGGGCGCAGUGUCCCCAGCUGUUCAGUCUUUCCGCCGCAUUGUGGAGUGAUGAUGUGGAUUGAGCCACAAGCUUCGUCAUGGGGGCCAAAUGCCGGCUGGCCGUGUGGUCCACAUAGGCAGCAUAAAUAAAACAGUGGGCUUUUGCAUUCCACUGCUGACUGUAAUUCCUCCCCUUCAAUGCUUUUAGGGACCAGCAACAUAGUGCCCCCCACACUCAGCAGUUACUUGACACACCUCAUCCUUCAGAUUGCCUAUUUAGAUCUUUGAGCCAAACCAAGUGGGACUGCAUUAAAAGUUAGAAAAUCAUGGCGCCACGUGGUGGUUCUUAUUGCUUACGUUUUGCAUGAAUUGAACAGCUCUGUAUUUUUUUUCAGGUAUUGAGUGCCUACAUCAUCCCAUUUUCUAUUAACAACAACCCUGGAAGAAAGGUGGUUGAUUGGCAAUGUACAAAUAAGGAAACGGAGGCUUAGAUUAAAAACUUGCCCAAGUUUAUCAGCUGAUGGAUGGGGGAGCCGGGGUUUGAUCGAGGAUAUUUCUGCUUUCAAAGCCCUUGUUCUUUUCUAUUUUCAACUCAUGCAUUCAACACACACUGGCUGAGGAUCUGUGUGCAUGAUGGCAGUAUAAGACCCUGAAAAAAUUUUAAAGGAGGGAAGGACAGGGCCCCCGGAAGGAGGCAGAGUACCUAUCAAGAACUACCAGUAAAAACAGGGCUCUUACUUGAAAAACAUGGUGCCAUAGUCACCUAACGUCCCUUGUAUAAGAUCCAGGCAUUUCUGUGUCAGUUAACUUAAGGUUGAGAAUUUUCCUGUGAAAAUAAAGGACCUGUUAAACAGUUCGUCCCCACUUCACAAUAGUUAAAAUGGAAGUUUAUUUAGUUUUACUUGUUUUGAGUAACUCUUAAGGUUUUUAGCCAUUUAACCUUGACGAGGAGAACAAUGAAGGAAACACAGCGUCAUCAGGAAGAUUUUGUGAGCAUCCGACGAAACCUGGGCUAUUCUGAGUGCACUACUCUUUAAAAGAGGCGACAAAGCCCAUGUCCUCUAGGAGCUUUCUCCAAAAUUACAAAUUGGAGUCACUAAGGAGAGGGCUUGUUCAGGUACGCCAAAACCCAAAACCAAACCCGUUGCCGUCGAGUCCAUUCCGACUCAUAGCGACUCUACAGGGCAGAGUAGAGCUGCCCCAUAGGGUUUCCAGGGAGCACCUGGUAGAUUUGAACUGCUGACCUUUUGGUUUUGGUUUUGAGUGAGGGGCUUUGAGAAAAUUGGGUAAAAGUCAGGGAGGGAGACAUAGAGGACUGAGGAGAAGGAAGGGGAGACCAUGGGCUGGGCUGCUAAGAGCUCUGGCCUGAGGGUUGACUCUAGUCACCAGCCCUGGCCCUGUCACCCUACUGUGAGGCUAACUUUCCUUAUCUCCAGAAUGUGGGAGUUGAAUACUCUCUCAAGACAUAUCAACCAAAAAAAAAAAAAAAAUCCGUUACUGUCGAGUCAAUUCCGACUCAGAGUGAACGCAUUCUAAUUCUCUGGGGGCCACAAGGACUAGCAGAUGACCAAAGACUAUAGACACUUAUUUUCUGAGGCACAAUUUCUGGAAGUGACCUCAGGGAUCCUGACACAUUUUCCGUGGAGGAAACUGAGGCUGUGGUAACAGAGUAGUUAGUGCCAGUCUCUUCUUGAAUAUCAACAGCUGCCACGUUGCAAUCCUUGGUGAGUCGGUCAAACAAUCACGGUAGCCAUUCCAGCAACAGGACAAACAAGAAGUGUC